UGCUUUAGUACAGCGAUGGAUUCAAAGGUGUUACUACAUUGUGUUGUGUUAUUCAAUGUAAUUUUAGCACGAAAAAGUUAUCACAAUGAUAAUCACUAUGAAGUUGUGGGAGUAGACUGCAAUGAAAACGAAGCAGUCAGCUGUAUGCUGAUUAAAUGCCAAGAUACCAAAUUUUGUCCGCCGGAGAACUUUUGCUAUAACCCCAAGUGCGUUUGCCGCAAAGGAUUUCGGCGUCUUGGUAAUAGUUGUGUGCCAAAACACAAUUCCUGGCUGCUAAAAGAAAGUGCAUUACAGUCAGCUCUGCUGGAAAUUCCCUAUCGGGAACUUUUCUUUUAAUUGUUUUUAUCUAACUUGGUAAAUACUUUUAAAUUAUAUUAUUUCAAUAAUGUGUAAAUAGUUUUAUAUUAUAAAAACAGUUUAUAAUGAACUAUAAUAAAUAGUAAACACUUUUAAAUUAA